AAACCAGCACCUUCACCACAGCAGCACCAGCAGAACCCAGGAUCGCCACUACCCCAGCAGCAGCGGCCAGCACCGCCACUACCCCAGCAGCAGCGGCAAGCACCGCCACAACCCCAGCAGCAGCGGCAAGCACCUCCGCCACUACGGGAUCGGCAACCAGCACCUUCACCACAGCAGCACCAGCAGAACCCAGGAUCGCCACUACCCCAGCAGCAGCGGCCAGCACCGCCACUACCCCAGCAGCAGCGGCAAACACCUCCGCCACUACGGGAGUGGCAACCAGCGCCUUCACCACAGCAGCACCGGCAGAACCCAGGAUCGCCACUACCCCAGCAGCAGCGGCCAGCAUCGCCACUACCCCAGCAGCAGCGGCAAGCACCGCCACUACCCCAGCACCAGCGGCAAGCACCUCCGCCACUACGGGAGUGGCAACCAGCACCUUCACCACAGCAGCACCAGCAGAACCCAGGAUCGCCACUACCCCAGCAGCAGCGGCCAGCACCGCCACUACCCCAGCAGCAGCGGCAAGCACCUCCGCCACAACGGGAGUGGCAACCAGCACCUUCACCACAGCAGCACCGGCAGAACCCAGAAUCGCCAAUACCCCAGCAGCAGCGGCAAGCACCGCCACUACCCCAGCACCAGCGGCAAGCACCUCCGCCACUACGGGAGUGGCAACCAGCACCUUCACCACAGCAGCACCAGCAGAACCCAGGAUCGCCACUACCCCAGCAGCAGCGGCCAGCACCGCCACUACCCCAGCAGCAGCGGCCAGCACCGCCACUACCCCAGCAGCAGCGGCAAGCACCGCCACUACCCCAGCAGCAGCGGCCAGCACCUCCGCCACUACGGGAGUGGCAACCAGCACCUUCACCACAGCAGCACCAGCAGAACCCAGGAUCGCCACUUCCCCAGCAACAGCGGCAAGCACCGCCACUACCCCAGCCGCAGCGGCAAGCACCUCCGCCACUACGGGAGUGGCAACCAGCACCUUCACCACAGCAGCACCAGCAGAACCCAGGAUCACCACUACCCCAGCAGCAGCGGCCAGCACCGCCACUACCCCAGCAGCAGCGGCAAGCACCGCCACUACCCCAGCACCAUCGGCAAGCACCUCCGCCACUACGGGAGUGGCAUCCAGCACCUUCACCACAGCAGCACCAGCAGAACCCAGGAUCGCCACUACCCCAGCAGCAGCGGCCAGCACCGCCACUACCCCAGCAGCAGCGGCAAGCACCUCCGCCACUACAGGAGUGGCAACCAGCACCUUCACCACAGCAGCACCAGCAGAACACAGGAUCGCCACUACCCCAGCAGCAGCGGCCAGCACCGCCACUACCCGAGCAGCAGCGGCAAGCACCGCCACUACCCCAGCAGCAGCGGCAAGCACCUCCACCACUACGGGAGUGGCAACCAGCACCUUCACCACAGCAGCACCAGCAGAACCCAGCACCGCCACCACCCCAGCAGCAGCGGCCAGCACCGCCACCACCCCAGCAGCAGCGGCAAGCACCGCCACUACCCCAGCAGCAGCGGCCAGCACCUCCGCCACUACGGGGGUGGCACCCAGCACCUUCACCACAGCAGCGUCAGCAGAACCCAGGAUCGCUAUCACAUUAGCAGUAUCGCCCAGCACCGCCACUACCCCAGCAGAAUCAGCCAGAACCGGCACCACCACAACCGGAGCGGCACCCUGCACCUCCACCACAGCACCACAG